AUGGGGUUCUUCGGCCGAUCUAAGAAGAAAGCAACGCCAGAGGCUCCUCCGUCGCCACCGCAAAGGCCCUUGCAGAAGUCUCGUCCUGGUGAGAAUAAGCUGUACGAAAGCCCGGUCCCGAGACAACCCCCUGGUUAUCUGCUACCGCCGCCGCCGACACGGCCGUCGCCUCCGGGGGUAUGUCUCCCUCCGUAUCACGACCAACGACCAUACCCUAUCGUUGUGAACCAGCACUAUUACUUGAGCGCGCCACCCUCUCAUCCAUUGCCCCCCAAUCCCUAUCUUCCCGGAAAUGGGCCUCCCCUUCCAGGGAGCAUUAAGAUCGGCUCAGCCGUCAAUUUGGCAAACGGUCUCACCCCGCUCAAUGUCGCUCCUAUGCCAUUAGACGAUGGGCUCCCGAGAUGGCAUGCGUAUGGCACACAGCUGCUCAACCAGACCGCUGCAUUGUAUGAUCAGAUCUACAGCAAUUUCAACAAUGUGAUGACCUUGAUCGACCGGGACAAGUAUGUUGGCAACGAAGCGGACCUCUUCAUGUAUCAGCCUCAACCAGCGGCACCUCCUCCGAAUGAGACACUGGAGCAAACAGCCGUCUCGCGCAAGACGCCUGUGCGUAAGGGUAAGAAAGAGAAGGAGAGAUCGUCGAAAGGGCAGAACGCGAUAACCUCAUCCCUCGCCUCGCGUGGAUAUUUUGCCAAGGUAGAGCUCUACACGAACGCGAAGUUGCCAUUAGAUCUACCCCCUCUUCGCUUGUAUUUCACAACAUACCCUCUUAUCUGCCUAGCGGCGCAGUAUGCGGAGAGGGUAUACGAGAAUCCUAGAGGAGCGGAAAGAGACGCACACAUCGACGCCGACUGGAAGACAGGAGCGAAAGCGAUGCGCAUCAAGUCCGUCCCGAUGGAUCACAUGGAUACUAUCGUCUUCGCCGUCCGGGGAACGGCGACGUUCAUGGACUGGGCCGUCAACUUAAAUACUGCGCCGGCAGCACCCGCCGGGUUCCUCGACGACGAGAAGAACUUCUGUCACGCCGGUUUCUUAUCAGUUGCGCGGAAGAUGAUUGCCCCCGUAGCCUCCCGACUCCGCUACCUCUUGGAAGAAAACCCGCGACGGUGCUCGUACUCGCUGCUCAUCACCGGCCACUCCGCCGGCGGCGCCGUGGCCUCGCUUCUCUACGCGCACAUGCUCGCCUCAUCGAAGGGCGCCUCCUCGGAGCUCAACAACCUGACGGGCUGCUUCAAGAGAGUGCACUGCAUCACGUUCGGCGCUCCACCAGUUUCCCUUCUCCCUUUGCAGAAACCCAAUAAACCCGAGCUUAGGAAGGCCGUGUUUCUAAGCUUCGUCAACGAGGGCGACCCCGUCGCGAGGGCUGAUAAGGCGUACGUGAAGAGUCUUCUCGAGCUGCUCGUGGCGCCUCCGCCCACAGAGGCCAAGGGCCUACGAAAGGAGCCGACUACAUCGAAGACUCCGUAUUCAAAGCAUGGCAAAUCACAUGCUAAGAGGAGCUCCACCAUAUCCGUUGCUUCGAAGACGUCUAAGGCUCCUGCAAAGACCUCGCGGUCCUCCCACUCGUUGACCAGGGCCGGCAAACCGAAACCUUCGGGUCCGGUGUGGAAAGUCCCUCAGAGUACAUUGAGCAACGCUGGACAAAUCGUCGUGCUAAGGUCGAGGGACUCCAAUACCAAUAUUAAGCGAGAGAGAAGCGUCGAGGAGCGUCUGAAGGAGGGCGUUUCUGCUCGGGUUGCCACAGACGAGCAGCUCAGGGGUCAGAUUUGGGGUGAUCCCGUGUGUCACGUAAUGAAGUUAUAUGCCGGUCGAGUUGAACAGCUCGCAGUCGACGCGGUUACGGCAAGGGGACGUUGA